GAGCGGCCCACGCGGAACUGGCCCCUAGCGGCCCUUGCCGGCCGGGGGCUCCGCUCCAGAGCCGCAGCCUGUGGCGCCGUGCAGAGCCGCUGUCCUAGCGCCUGGACGUUCCGCACCAGUGGCAGCGGCUGGACCCGAGCGUCUCCGGAACCGAGCCUGAAACACCAGCCCGGUCUUGAGAGUUCUCCUGGUCCCUCCUGCUGCGAAAAGACUCGGCACGCCCCUCUGCACUGCAGUCUCGGGAGGCUGGACAGACCCCCCGGAGUUCCCUCGUCCGCUAGCAAAAGCUACGGAGAGAACAUUGGCAGUUGCUGGGUAAUUUGAAGACUACUGUGGAGGGUUUGGUGUCAGCCAACUGCCCCAAUGUCUGGUCCAAGUAUGGUGGCCUGGAGCGGCUUUGCAGGGACAUGCAGAACAUUCUUUAUCAUGGGCUCAUCCAUGACCAGGUGUUUAGCCGCCAGGCGGAUUACUGGCAGUUUGUGAAAGACAUUCGGUGGCUCAGUCCGCACUCAGCCCUUCAUGUUGAGAAGUUCAUCAGCUUGCAUGAGAAUGACCAGAGCAGCGCUGAUGUGAGCGAGCGUGCUAUUGCAGAGCUCUGGCUGCAGCAUAGCCUGCAGUGCCACUGCCUCUCAGCCCAGCUCCGGCCUCUGCUUGGGGACAGACAGUAUAUCAGGAAAUUCUACACAGAAACUGCUUUCCUGCUAAGUGAUGCCCACGUCACAGCCAUGCUCCAGUGCCUGGAAGCAGUGGAACAGAACAACCCCCGGCUCCUGGCUCAGAUUGAUGCAUCUAUGUUUGCCAGAAAGCACGAGAGCCCACUGCUGGUUACAAAGAGCCAGAGUCUGACGGCUCUGCCUGGUUCCACGUAUACCCCUCCAGCUAGCUGUGCUCAGCAAGCCUGCUUUGGGUCCUCCUCUAGCCUCCACCAACCCAUGGCCAACCACAGCUCAGAAAGAAGAUCCACUUCCUUUUCGCUUUCUGGCCCUCUCUGGAGACCUCAAGAAGACAGAGAGCUCUCACCAGCGGAGAGUCAAACCGCCCAAGCUCCGCUGCUUUCAGACUCAGCUCUAGCCCAGGGUUCCCCACUGACCCCACAUGAGAUGAGUUCCAGCACUCUGACCAGCCCCAUAGAGGCAUCCUGGGUCAGCAGCCAAAAUGACUCCCCGAGUGAUGCCAGUGAGGGGCCUGAGUACCUGGCCAUUGGCAACCCAGACCCCCGUAUCCGGACUGCCAGUUGUCAGAGUCACAGCAGCAAUGCUGAGAGCAGCAGCUCUCACUUGUUCUCCUCCAGCAGCUCUCAGAAGCCAGAUUCUGCUGCUUCUUCUUUAGGGGACCAAGAGGCAGGUAGACAGAGUCAGCCAGGCAGUGUCCUUCGCAGGUCCAGCUUCUCAGAGGGGCAGACAGUCCCUGUCACCAACGGGACAAAGAAGAGCCACAUUCGCUCCCAUUCGGAUACUAACAUUGCCUCCAAAGGAACCACAGGAGGCCCCAGGAAUAUCACCAUUAUAGUUGAAGAUCCCAUUGCAGAGAGUGGUCAGUACCUGUGCUCAGGAGAAGGCAUGUUUCGAAGACCAUCAGAAGGACAGUCCCUCAUCAGUUACCUCUCUGAGCAAGACUUUGGCAGCUGUGCAGACCUAGAAAAGGAGAAUGCCCACUUCAGCAUCUCGGAGUCCUUGAUUGCGGCCAUCGAGCUGAUGAAAUGCAACAUGAUGAGCCAGUGUCUAGAAGAGGAGGAGGUAGAGGAAGAGGAUAGUGACAGGGAGAUCCAGGAACUGAAGCAGAAGAUCCGCCUUCGGCGCCAGCAGAUCCGCACCAGAAACUUGCUCCCCGCGUACCAGGAGACUGAGCAUGGAAGCUUCCGGGUCACGUCCAGCAGCUCCCAGUUCAGUUCACAUGAUUCCACACAGUUCUCAGACUCUGGCUCUGCUGAUGAUGUUGACGAGUUUGAAAUCCAAGAUGGUAGUGAAGGCUCUAACCUGACUCACAUGUCAAAGAGUGGACUCUCAGUGUCAAUGGCCUCGAUGUUCUCAGAUGCUGACAUCAGGCGGAGUGCAGUCUCCAAUGGCAAAUCAUCCAUCUCCCAGAACUUCUCCCAUUGCUUCCUGCACUCCACAUCUGCUGAGGCAGUGGCCAUGGGGCUUCUGAAGCAGUUCGAGGGCAUGCAGCUUCCAGCUGCCUCCGAGCUGGAGUGGCUAGUUCCAGAGCACGAUGCCCCACAGAAGCUCCUGCCCAUUCCCGACUCACUGCCCAUCUCACCGGAUGACGGGCAGCAUGCGGACAUCUACAAGCUGCGUAUCCGUGUCCGUGGCAACCUGGAGUGGGCUCCACCUCGGCCUCAGAUCAUCUUUAAUGUUCAUCCAGCUCCAACGAGGAAGAUCGCUGUAGCCAAGCAGAAUUACCGCUGUGCAGGCUGUGGCAUCCGGACUGACCCCGAUUAUAUCAAGCGGCUGCGGUACUGUGAGUACCUGGGCAAGUACUUCUGUCAGUGCUGCCACGAGAACGCCCAGAUGGUCGUCCCCAGCCGGAUCCUGCGCAAAUGGGACUUCAGCAAAUACUACAUCAGCAACUUUUCCAAGGACCUGCUCAUCAAGAUCUGGAAUGAUCCUCUCUUCAAUGUGCAGGACAUCAAUAGCGCCCUCUACAGGAAGGUCAAGCUGCUCAAUCAAGUCCGGCUGCUGCGGGUUCAGCUGUACCACAUGAAGAACAUGUUUAAGACCUGCCGGCUGGCCAAAGAGCUUUUGGAUUCCUUUGACGUGGUUCCCGGCCACCUGACAGAGGAUCUCCACCUGUACUCACUGAAUGACCUGUCUGCGACCAAGAAGGGGGAACUGGGGCCCCGGCUGGCUGAGCUCACCAGAGCAGGAGUUGCACACGUAGAGAGAUGUAUGCUGUGCCAAGCCAAAGGCUUCAUCUGUGAGUUCUGCCAGAAUGAGGAUGAUGUCAUCUUUCCUUUUGAGCUCCAGAAGUGCAGGACCUGUGAAGAGUGUAAAGCGUGUUACCACAAAGCUUGCUUCAAGUCUGGAAGCUGCCCCCGGUGUGAGCGGCUGCAGGCCCGGCGGGAGUUGCUAGCCAAGCAGAGCCUGGAGUCCUACCUGUCUGACUAUGAGGAGGAACCCACAGAAGCCUUGGCUCUAGAGGCCACUGUCCUGGAGACCACUUGAGGAAUGCACCUGACCCUUUGUCUGAGGGGCUGCCUAGGGUCAAACGAUAUAGAACUGAGCCAUGCCUCCAAGAAAGGUGGUGAGGCCUUUAAAAAAUAUAUUGUCAUUUUUUUAUGACUUGUCUGCUGUCCAGGUGUAGGGCACCUUUAUUGGUUGGUGGGUCCAGUCUGUGGUGACAGAUAUCUGUGAGCACUGGGCAUUUCCGUCAGAACUGCCCCUUGGAGUGCCUCUUGUCAGGGGAAUGGACAGCAAGACCCAGUUCUUCUGACAUGCUUGGCCUGUUCUACGAGGCCCAGAUCUGGUUACAGCCGCAGCUCCAGGAUCAUUCCCACUCUGACUUAGCACCCUAGCUCCUGAGCCAGGCCCUUCUCAGCCGAUGCUCUUCUCCUUGGCUGAAACAGGAGAAUGGAGUUUCCCUGUCCCGGUCCUGAAAGAGAACAAGACUGUGCCCUGAGGCAUGGGAGAGAAUGGGCUACGUGGCGGGCAUUCUGUCCGACUGACUUAGGCAUUUGGGGGUCGGGUAAGAACAUUAUUGCCCCAGAAUCCUUAGAGACCUCAAGGAGGCAAGCAUGACUUCCCUGUUUCAGGUGUUCCAGGCACAGGUGUACACAAGCUGGCUUGUGUACUCUGCUGGGCUUGAAGCAAAGAGCAGAACUGAACCUUAGGCCAGGCCUGUUCGUAGCCAGCACCACACGCAUAAGUGAGGCUGCAGUGGGUGCCUAAGGAGCCUUUAUUGGGAUACAGGUUAAUGGGCGCCUCUUGGGUGUUCGGGCUGUCAGUAAUCAGCUUGAGUGCAGGUGUGUUUCCAGCUCAGGCAAGGAUAAAAACCCCACCCACCAUCCUAAUGUGGGUCCCUUACUGCUCUGUAUGGUUCUAAGCAGAGGCAUGACCCCACUGUACUCUCCGCCCCCUCCCCCCAGCAGAGCUGGGCCCUCCCUCUGGCUCAUCUCUUGCCUUAGUUUCUUUUCUCACUUAGUAGCUUUAGAGAACUCGACAGUGUGUGAAUGUUUCUGUUUGCUCAGAGUAACAGGAGCCUUUAUGCCGUUUAUGCACUUAACUCCUCGGUAAUAUAUGUUGGACCAUCUAUUUCAUGUUACUGAAUUUAAUACACUCCUCCCCCAUCACUUAAUGUGCUUUCCCUGGGGUUUUCUAGACUAGGCCAGACACAUCUGUUGGGUGUUUGAACUGCCGCAGCAUCUGACUUCUGUGAACACUGGCCAGGGUUGCAUCUCAGAGCCCGGUGUUCUGGGAGCUGCUGUCCACAGUGCUUUUGUUCUAGAACUGACUUCUUCCGUGAACCUGUCUUCCUGUAUUGGUUGCUAGUGAGAUAACUGGCCCAGGCACUGGCCCAGGAACUCAAAUAAAUUUGCACAUGGUUGGUAGAAGCUGACAGGUCCUGCGCUCAAGGGAACAAGGGGUCUCCCAGAGAGACAGAAGGGAUGUUGACGUGACAGCCACACAGCUCUAGCAGAGCAAGAAGCACAUGGCAGAACUGGGCCGUGGCACCGUUCCUCUGCCUCACAUGGGAACUGACAGCAGCACUGGGCUGGGUGACUCGGACUGUUGGCUCAGUUGAGACAGAAAGCCGAGACUGUUUCGAAGGGCUGAUCAGGAAUCUCCCUUCCUUAAGGAGAUUUAGGAAUGAUCCCUUCAAACUCAAGUGUCACCAAGUCAGCCCUCGGAUUCAGACUCUGGCUCCAGUUCCAGUUUGUGGCUGACUUCCCGUUCAGCUGCUCACUUCAGGUCACCACUGCCGCCCAGGCUUCACAUCCACACGGGUUCCAGCUGACCUCAGUGUCCCCACGUCCCCAGCCCGUUCCUCUGGAUCACGUCUCUUAGUGCUCCUGAUUCUGUGCUGUCGUUACCGUCCAAGUACACACGUUUAUUUAUUUGGGAGUGGGGGAGACGGGAGGCUACAAAAGCACUUUGUCACGUAGCUGUAUGAGAGAGUCCCCACUGCGCGGAUUCUGAACACACUGAAGAGCGAGGUGGGAGGGGAGCACCCUCUGUACAAAGGGAAGCAUUUGCUCCUGAGCUGGAGACAAGCUCCGAGGCACUCGGUUGUGGAAGCCCAGCCUCUGCACUUGGGCUCUUACCAGCUUCCUCAACCAAACUAACAGAAAGGGAGCGAGAGUCGGAAUAAAAACAUCCGUUUGUGUACAGCUUGUGUUUUGAACUGGAUUUUCACCUGCUGUAAUGUGUGCACAUCCUAACCAUUCAUGGUCAUCUAAUAAACUAAGGAAAUUAAA